AAGCCCGUUCCGGCUCGAGCCAACCGGGACCACACCCCCGGCGUGCACUCUCUCCGUCAGUUAUUGAAUUAAGCUUAUCAUUUGAUUUUGAGGAGACCCACCAGUCGGUCGUCGUCGGGCUCUCUUAAGCGGGCCGAAAAACUUCCUUCUAUCCGCGGCUAUAAUCGCAAUAAUUUGAUAUCGCUGAUCCGAUUACGCGUCAUAAGCCGCUAUCGGGCUGCCGACCGCGUCCCUUAGCUUCUCUCAUCCGCGGCCGGAGAGAAUUGCUGCCCCGUCGCGGGAUCCAGCCCUGGGACGAUUAACCCGAACGAUUACCCGAGAUUCCGAGGAAGAAACACGCUGCAGUAGCAGCAGCUGACUGAACGGGUCGCCGGAGGAACGCGUCGUCGCGGCCACGGCCCGUCGGGCCCCCCGCGGCUGAUCCGAUCAACAUGUGCGAUUGAACGAGCCGAUGAAACCCCGUGAAACGUGUCCCGGUGUCGUCGAAGUUGGUCCUCGUCUAAUCGAUCUCGAGCGGUGUGUUUCAGUGGAUAGAAAAUCGAAGUUCGACUCGACGUGUCGUCCGGGAACCACAAUGAAGAGAAGAUAAGAAGCUCUCGCGGUGUCAUCGUCGAGCUACCUGCGCCGGGCCGUGAGGAACACUUUUUAAGACAUGGAUUAUUCCUACUUGAACCAGGCGGCGGCUGCUGCAGCGGCCGGCUUCGAGGCUUCCAGCUGUGCCCUCGCAGCUAGUGAGAUGCAGUGUGGUUACGGGGACCUGAGCUCGUGCUCGCAGAUGAGCCAAGCCGCGUAUCGGUACACGGCGGCGAGGGCCGCGGGUUAUCCGGGGAACGCGGGAACCGCGAGUACCGGAAGCACCACGCCGCUGGGGGCCCAUCACACCACCCACUCUCAUGCCCACGCGCAUCAUGGGGCCCACGCGACACCCUGCUCCGUGAUGGCCGCUAGAUCUCAAGAGGUCCAUCGGCACGCCGCUUCCAUCUUCCCGUCGGCCAUCAAUCUCCAAAGUGGAUUAGGAUACAAGGCAUAUUCGGGGCACGACGGCCUGGCGGAGAAAAGGAAACAACGUCGGAUACGAACAACCUUCACGUCGGCUCAGCUGAAGGAGUUGGAGCGUGCCUUCCAGGAGACUCACUACCCGGACAUCUACACCAGAGAGGAAAUCGCUAUGAAGAUCGACUUGACGGAAGCUCGGGUCCAGGUCUGGUUUCAGAACAGACGCGCGAAAUUCCGGAAGCAGGAGAGGCUGGCCCAACAGAAGUCGACGUCUCAAAGCGGGAUCGGGGUGGACAGCGGUGCUUCAAGUCCGGUGACGGCAGGCAACGUGAAAGCGGAAGGACGUUCGCCGAGAAGUCCAGCGACGCCGCCGGGUGGAUCCAACAGCGUGAUGUCUACGAACGAGGUGAAACCGAACGCGAACCCGAACCUGGUCAGCGUGAAGCACAGCAGUGGCGGCGACGCGUCUGCGGAGGUGAACGCGCCGAAUACCCGAGGAAGCAACGGCGGCGGUGGGACCUGGGGUUCCUGUAGCCCCAGGCCCUUUUCCGCCGCGCUACCGCCGUACUUGCUGGACCCCCUGCCGCUGAAGACAGCCAACCUCUACUAAGAAACCGCCGCCCCAACCCCUUUGGACACUCGUGUAAAUAGAAAUGCGCCGAAACCGGAUGUUCAGGUUUUAUACUUUUUUUAUUCAUUUCUUUAGAUUUAUUUUAUCUUUGUUUAAUAGCUGAUUGAUUUUAUCACUUGAUUUGAACGUUUCGUUCAUGUUUUAUCGUUUCUGAAUUUCUUGACUGAAGUUCUUUUUCUGUUUUCGCUUCCUGGAAGCUAGAUUAUUUUUACCUUCGAUUAUACUUGUGUUGGUGGUUAGUGUGAGUGUUUCCGAAAGAAACUGAUAACAAUUGGAAGUGGUAGUGAUACCGAUAUCUACGUACCGUCCUGCAGAUCCUCAUUGAAUAAGCACACGAAUGGGUAGUCGAUAAACACAGCACGCGAAGUUUAAAGGAACGUGGCCGUAACCGUCUUAAUCCGGAAUGAUUUCGUGUUUAAAGAUAAGUUGAUAACAGGUGUAGAAAAGAUGGAAGAGUCACCGUGGCGACGAUUGGUCUUGAGUUUAGCGUGGGAGAAGUGGACAGUGUUUCGCUAUGCACUUUUGUCCGAGUGAUAUUACGCGAAUGGUUUGACGAGGGAAUAUCGAUGACACCUGUACAGUUGUUGCUAUAAAUAUAGAGAAGAUUAGUGUUUUACACCGUAAACUAUAUCACACUUAUCCAUCGA